AUGGAAGGUGUGAGCGCGCCGGAGAGCGGAGAUGGAGCUCCAAGUUUCAAGCCUGAGGCAUACAGUCAGGGGCCCGAGAUGAUAUUGCAUCAACAUGAUUCUGAUAAUGCCCAGCCCCGCACUAACCCGAUUGAGACAGGCAAGCGAGCCCCUGAGGCCGUGCGCGCGGGCAAAACAGGCCGUCGCUGGGUGACAUUACAACGUCAACCCAUCAGCUGGCCCAAAAACGCCUGA